GACGGUUCUAUCAUACCCACAGAAAAUUGAGUUGAUUUUCCCUUAUGAUAAUAGGGUAGGCUGUUGAGGAACUUGAAAUUAAAAGGACUAAAUUGUGAUUUAAACACCGUUGAUUCUAUUACGGAAGCUCGAGAGAACAGCACAGAUUUAUUACCCCGAGGAAAGAAUCCGGAGGAGGCGUGAUUUAAAUGCUUCGGUGCAGCAAUGUCUGUGCCCGUAGCACAUUUGCUACCAGAUUGACUGGCAAUGGAGUCUCCGUUCUAUUCAGUAGACUCCCAGGAGGGCUUCCGGCGAAGCAUAUUGCUCUGAAUGGAUCCGAAUAUAGGAGGAGUAUUUCUACCUCGAGGUCCGAUAGACGUUCUCCGCGUGGCGCGGAACGUGCCCCACGAUUAAGAUCAGAUGCUCCACGCCGUGCGCCAUCCUGGAAGAAGACCGGCUAUAUGAAAUCCAAUGUGAAAGAUGAGGAGGUCGUUGCAGCAGAUCUUGGCGAGGACUCAAAGGUAGGGGCUGACGGGAAAUUACAACCAGGUGAGAAAAGAAUAUGGAGGCCAACGGUGUCGAAGAAGGCAAUCGACAUUGAAUUGGAGUGGGCAAGGGAUCGGGUUGCUCUGUCAAACCGAGUGAAGCAGAUACUUAAAAAGGGGGACUUUGAGAAGGCAGUUACAUUGGUGAGGACGGCCCAGUCGAGGGGCUAUGAUUGUAUGGUUGCUUGGAACGAGCUGUUUGACCAUGAGAUGAAAAAUGAUAAGCCGGUUGCGGCUUUCAAGCUUUAUAACGACAUGAAAAAAAGAGGUCGGAAGCCUAACACAUACACCUACACUAUUAUGUUUCGAGGCUUAGCGCACAGCAGUUCAAAUAAAGCAGUACAGAUAGCGCGCUCGAUUUACAAAAGCUUGUGCUCACCCAGCUCCGGAGUCAAACCCUCUAUCCUGCAUGCCAACGCCGUUUUGGGCGUUUGUUCCAGACAUGGUAAUAUGGAUGCUCUGUGGGAAGUGGCUGGGUCCCUUCCUGAACGUGGUGACGGCGCGCCAGACUCUAGGACUUUUACGAUUAUACUCAAUGGCAUCCACACCCGUACAGCCAACGAAAUUAAGGCGUUUAAUCCGCGUAGUCAAGCGGAUGGGAUUGCGGAGAAGAGAGCGGCAGCGGUGCGGGAAGGGAAAAGAAUAUGGGCUGAUGUUGUACGUCGAUGGAAAAUGGGAGCAUUUGUUGUCGACCAACCUCUAGUGUCUGCGAUGGGGCGUUUGCUUGUUUCUGGCCUACGAAAACGCGAUUGCCUCGACGUGUUUGCUCUGCUGCACCAAACGAUGGAAGUUCCUUUUCUUGAAGAUGUGGAGGCGCAGCUUGGAGCACUCCGAAGCAGAGAGCAAGCGAAACAUACAGAGCAAGCGAAACAUACAGAGCAAGCGAAACAUACAGAGCAAGCGAAACAUACAGAGCAAGCGAAACAUACAGAGCAAGACGACCUGAAGCCGGCGGAACAGCAACAAGAAGCCACUUCUGAAAUCAGCCCAGAGUCAGAGAAGGUGUCAAUGGACAGCGAUGAAACAGACCCUCUUCUAAACGAGGAACCGAAACAGAUAUCUGAGGAACCGGAACAGCUGCCCGAAGAGCCGGAACCAGUAUCUGAAGAAUCGGGAUUUCCAGACGAAGAAGCCGAACAAUUCAAUGAAGAGCCCGAACCAUUAUCAGAAGCCGAAGAGUUUAAAGGACUAUUCAACCCAGUAGACCUCGCGCAGAUCCGUAAAACCUCUCAAGCGAAUAGGAAUUCCCGCCGCCCAAAAAUCACCCGCCCCAUUCCCACAAACGACGAAUUAUCCUUGGUACUAGCAGCUUCCCGAACCACGCCAAACGGCAUUGCCAUUGGUCGAGCGUACUGGGAACAUUUCACAUCGGGACCUGCACAGUCCGCGAUAAAGCCAGACACGCAUUCCUUCCACGAAUAUCUGCGCCUACUGCGCAUUGCUCGCUCCAGCGCCGAAACCCUUCGAGUCAUUAAAGCCAUGCUAACUCGAGCCGGCAUGGUUGCGCGCAAAACCUUCGUCAUCGCGAUAAGUUGUUGUUCCCGCGAUCGGAAGAACCCGCACGUACUCGAGACAGCAGGCCAACUGGUCGGCAUUAUGGAUACGGCGCUCAUGCAGCCGGAGCCUGAAAUCCUCUCGAAGUACGUGGAACUUGUCAGAUAUGGCAUUUCGGAGGAAAGCGUUCAGGAAUCCACUCCGGUCCGGUCACGCAUGUCGGAUCCGCAGACUACCGAUCAUGUGUUUAAGAAGAGGGUAUUAGACGCAAUUACCGCUCUGCGGCCUCAUGUGGACAAGCUCAUAUCACUGCUUGCCUACGCGACGCUUUCUAAACAUGGCAAAGACGUGGAUGAUGAAGGGACAAGGGUCAAAGCUGCAUCGGAGAGAGUUGCUGAGGGCUCUUGGCCAUUCUCUCGGCACUAUCUACCUCCCUUUGAGGAGUCAGUUUAUAUCCUGAAACAGGCCAAGCAACUACAUGAUCUGGCGCUUAAGGAAAAGUCGCUCAGCGCUGAAGAGCGGACCGCGCUGACAACUGAAAAUCAACAGCUGAAGGCCAUUCUCAGUCCAAAGAAAUAGAGGGGAAAGCAUUUUAUCAAUAAUUGUGCCGAAUGAUUUCAUUUAUCAGAUCCGCUUGCUGCAUUUUCUUGUGCAUCUGCAAUUCCGCUUUUACAACACCUAUACCUCUAAUUUUUUUCGACGCCCCUCAUGGAUUCCGUGUCUCGCGUGGCGUCCGUUGUUUGAUCGAUCCAGCUAAUUACCUUACAUCUGUAUAUUUUAGAUCCAUGCUUCGUCUCUCUGGUUGUUCUUCUACAAUUAUCAUGGAGCACUAUCAAGUUCUCAUUCUUUCUUAUACCUUCUAUUGAUCAUGUACUAUAUAGACAUCAUACCCCCCUGUCUUCCCAUUCCAUUUAUUCAUGAGGCGCCACGUGUUCUUUGGAUGACCGUUCUUUAGGUAUGUUUUUGUACGAUAUAUUGUCUGUAGUUGUGCGAUUGUGGUGUGAAUUUUUUUCUUUUCCUUUUACUGCACUACAUCAGAGAAUAAAGGCUGGCGUCUUUUUGUUUUCUUCUCAUUUUGUCCAUUUUGAUAAAACCUCCCUCCCAUAGCCAGGAAGCUUGGGUUAAGAAUAUAAAGCCUGUUCUGACUCAUGGUAGAAAGUAUUUUCCUGUAUCACUGAACCGAAACAUGUUUACUGAGCAUACAUAGCCUGCGGCCGCAACACCUAAAGCAACGACGUAGAAGGGUCCGAGUUGAGAGAGGUAUUUCGAAGGUAGGAAAAAGGGGGCUUGCAUCAAUUUCUUUCUUUCUUACUCCUGGACCUGGACCUCGUUUUGGCAUUGAAUUCCCCGGGUUCCAACUUCUUAAGAUAGCGGGCUCUGAUAGUUUGUCGAUUAGAAAUGUCUGGUGGGUUGAAAAACACAAGGGAGCCUGAGAAGAAAAAAAAAAAAAGCGAGCGUCGACAUUUUGGUAGAUAGUUUCGGAGAAUAUACCAAACGUAUAGAAUAAUAGUUAUUAAUGUUGAAAAGCGGAAUAGCCAGCUACUUCGUGCAUAGAUAUAUAGAAGAAAUGUAGUAAAUCAGUGGGAGUGGACCUUUUUUAUUUUUAUUUUUUUUAUCCCCUUUCCUGUUAACAGUCGUC